CAAACCUAUCUGGUUUCCUAUUUUUUCAACGAAGCUUCACUGCUGAACUAACAAAGAAAAACAUAACAAAAAAAACGAAGCUUAGCACAUAACAAUGGAUCAAAUCCAGCACAACUUCAUCACUGUACGAGGUCUAAAAUUUCACGUUGCAGAUCUCGGUGAAGGUUCUAACGUGGUACUCUUCUUACAUGGAUUCCCUGAGAUAUGGUAUUCAUGGCGAUACCAAAUGGUAGCUUUAGCCAAUGCUGGGUUCCGUACCCUUGCACCCGAUUACAGAGGUUACGGACUAUCCGACAUACCACCCGAACCCGAAAAGACAACCUUUGCCGACCUCGUUGCCGACCUUGUUGCUAUCUUAGAUCACCUGGGAAUUAAUAAGGUUUUCGUUGUUGCAAAGGAUUUUGGGGUCAGACCUGCUUAUCUGUUAACUCUGCUUCAUCCCCAUCGAGUGUCGUGUGUUGUAACAUUGGGUGUCCCACAUGUUCCUUUGGAACCUCGGAAGUAUCGAGAGUCUCUCCCGGAAGGCUUCUACAUUUCAAGAUGGAAUGAACCUGGACGAGCGGAGGCUGAUUUCGGACGAUUCGAUGCUAAAACCGUUGUGAGGAACAUCUACAUACUGUUCUCGAGAAGUGAAAUACCAAUCGCAGAUGAAAAACAGGAGGUCAUGGAUAUGGUGGAUGCUUCUGUUCCUCUUCCACCUUGGUUCACCGAGGAAGAUCUCGCAACAUACGGAGCUUUAUAUGAGAAAUCCGGAUUCAAGACUGCAUUACAAGUUCCAUAUAGGUCAUUCGAUGAAGACUUUGGGAUAACAGAUCCAAUAGUUAAAGUUCCGGCAUUACUGAUAAUGGGUUGCAAAGAUUAUGUCUUGAAAUUUCCUGGGAUGGAAGAAUACAUAAAGUUUGGGAAGGCAAAAGAACUUGUACCUGAUUUGGAUAUAAUAUAUUUGCCUGAAGGAACCCACUUUGUUCAAGAGCAAUCACCCGAGCUCGUGAACGAGCUAAUUCUGGACUUCCUCCGGAGCCAUAUGUGAUAGUGUGCCGUGUCUAAGAUUUGAAUGGUGUUUGUAUGGAUAUGAAACACAGUUACUGUAAUGUAAUUAGGGGACAACAGGCUAUGUGUAUGGUUUUAUUGACUGGAAUAAAUCAGAGACCCACUGGUAGUGGAGACCCUAAAUGCAAGAUACCAUUAAUUUUUAGAUGAA